AACGCCAUUGAGGCUUCCGACAAACAGUAAGCAGUGGAGGGAAGGAACAGUGGCUCGGUAACGUCAUUAUUUAGUCCAAUUUGCAGAAUUAGCUUGAUAAAUGUGUUUAAAUUACCGUUUUGGAGGCUUGCGCGCGCCGUGCCCGCUUUUGGAGGACCUAUAGUACGUCAGUUUUCCCGCGAGGCCGUGAGACACCGCCGCGUGACGCGUUCUUCUUAAAAAUAUUUUUACGAACAUGUUUACUCAUGUGACGGAAUUUAGUGCCUCUGGUUUGUGUUAAUGUGCUGUGUUAUGUGAUUCAGUGAACAAUCAUAAAUCGAGGUGCAAAACCGAACUGUACCGGUAUCAGUGAAGCCGGGUGUCAGUGAAGUGUCCAGCGGUGAUGGUGAUGACUGUGAAGUGAUGCGUGGAUGAACAGUGAGUCAUCACCAUGGAACGCGUUGUGGCUCUGAUCGGCAUUGCUCUGCUUGGUUGGAUCACUGACACAAUAGCCCUCCGCGACGUCCAGCUCAUAGCGCCAUCUGCCGUCAGACUGGGUGACACAGUGCUCCUUGGCUGCAAAUGGACGCUGGAAGGCAACGAGACACUAUACAGUGUGAAGUGGUACCGGGGCCGGCAGGAGUUCUUCAGUUACCUGCCCAAGGAGUUCCCUUUCACCAGGAUCUUUGCUCAGCCUGGGAUUGACGUAGAUGUGUCCAGGUCGACGUCUCAACAGGUGGUGUUACGAGAAGCGACGCGUGCGCUGGCCGGCAGGUACCGGUGCGAGGUCUCAGCUGACGCACCAUCCUUCCACACGCAAGUGCGCUCGGCUUACAUACAUGUCGUUGAGCUACCUCCCGAGAAGCCCACGAUAAAGGCUGAGAAGGGUUGGUAUGCGUCAGGGGAUUCCCUCCGAGCGCAAUGCACGUCGCCGCCGGCCGACCCGCCAGCCAACCUCACGUGGCUACUCAACGGACGAGACAUCCAAGGCAAGCCAGUGAUACAGCAGCGCAUCCUGCCCAGCCCAGUGGUGUCCAUAGACGCGCCACACCGCAGCACGCCGCCCCCUGGCGACGAGAACACGAACAUCAUUUUCAGUCCUUGGAAGGCGUUUGGGCCUUUUGUUGACACCAUCCAGGAUGGCGAAUUGAUCCCCAGUCAAGACACAGUAUUACUGCCCACACCGAGGCUACACGACAGCUCCCUGGACGAGGAGGCCACGGAUCCUAUGCCCACGGCACAGACAUCUAACAAAGUGGCCUCAAUAAGCCAGCUGUCGUUCAUGGUGCGUCCAGACAGCUUCGAGCGCGGACAGCUGCGCUUGACCUGCAUCUCCAGCGUUCACUCGGUGUACAACGAGCGAGCUGAGCUGGUCAUAAACGAGGAGCGACCUCAGAUAGCUUCAGUACUUGGUACGAGGGACGCCGCAGGUCUAGUAUCACCGUCACUGCUGCUGACUGUACUGUGCUGUACUCUCUGCUAUUGUGAAGUUAUCAGAAACAUCCUCCGAUGAUGGCAGGCCGCGGGCGAGUUGGCUAUCAUCUAAAUAUUAAGAAACUGUAAAUAAGAAUCUUUAGCUAACCUAGGUUAAAAAUGGUUGUGUAAUGACUUUCAUUUAAAAAAAUGUUUUUUAUAUAAUUCCGUCUGAUUUAUAUUAUCACAUUUUUUUAUUGUUUUCCCUUAUACAGUCACAUCGAAAAUUGGAUUUUAAGUGUUAUAUAUUUUCUAAAUAAGUAUAUUAAAAGAAUUUCAAAUAGCAUGUCUAAUCUGAUGUGUAAAAGUAUAUAAAAUGUAAAGUCUUACUAAAAAACAUGGAUUUUAUUAAGUAUAAAUUAUAUAUUUACGUAUAUAUUUUAUACAUUACACAAUCAUAACGUAAGUACUAUAUUAUAACAUUAACAAAUUAGUAGAUGUAAGUGAAUUAGACAAAAAUUAUCUUGAAUAGUCAAAGUGAAUCGACAAAACUUCCUAAAGAUAGGUAUACCUAAGUUAUCUUUGUUUACUCUGUGAUAUUAUUAAUUGGUUUUAUAAAGACUUGGCUGUUAUUUCAGUAGAACUGUAACCAAUUAUACCUGUUAUAAUUCAUUUUAUAAUGUAAAUAGAAAUGAGAAUUUUUAGAUACGUAUAAUUGUUUGCUUUGUUUCUUUAAUUAUAAGAUUUCUUUUGAAACAACUCUUUUAUAAAAAUAUUUUGGAUUAAUUUAAUUUUUUAUAGCAUUGUGGGCAAAUGGGCAUUCGGGUUGCCUGAUGUUAAGCAAACACCGUAACCCGUGGACUACGACAACCAGACACGGUCACCCAUCCGUUGGUGGCUUUUUGAAAAAGCGAUAGACCCUUUUCUGGAAGGCCCCAAUGUCGAAACCAUUAGGAAACACCGCUGAAGUCAUCUCUUCUACAAUAUAUGUUAACAAAUAACAUUAAAUUGCAGUUAAAAAACCAAAUACUUACCAAAUAUUAAAAUAACAUCAAGCAAGAAUAAGAAUGUAUUAAUUUAUUAAUUUAUAUACUGAAAUGAAAGAAACUACGUAAAUCAUUUAAAAAUUAAAGUACAGAGGCUCGAUUCUCACGCAAUCGAAGCUGACUUCAACAAUUUUCUAUGUUUUUCGAUGGUUUUAAGCAAAUUUACAAGCGAAACAGUUCGACCUAUCGAUGCGUUCGCUUGAACCUUUUGACGGUGAAUGGUAAUGGAAAUUGGAGAAAACUGAUGAAGUGAACGUCGAUUGCGCGAGAAUCGAGCCGCUGAUAGCACGAGCCUUUUUUAUUUAAUGUUGCUGACGUUUCAACGAUCUUAUAGUCGCCGUGGUCGUAGCCAGACUGGAGUAUUUGCGGUGAUAUACAAUUUAUGUAGUUAUGUAUUCAAAGCGCGAAAAAAACACUAAGCUGGUUUUAUCUUCGUCGAUAAAAUAAACCUUCAGAAAAACAAUAUCUCUAAAUACUAACUUGUUAAAAACAUUCCACACUACUGCACCACUGUUUGAGUAAUAUUAAUUGCUUAAUAAGAGUGAAUUACUCGAAUCAUUAUAAUAAGAACUUGCUCGUUGAAUAUUACGUUAAUUAAUUUCGUCAAAUCCUUUGAAAUACAAUGCAAGAUGGUCCUCUCUGGCUUAUCAUUUGAUGUGUAACUGACGUUUAAGCAAAGGUUACGAUGAAACCUAAUUUUCUGAGGCGAUAAUAAUAUACGUUUGAACGUUUCUCUGAUUGACAUUGUUAAAAUCGCUGGUUCUGUAUUGCGACUAAUGGUAGCCCUAUAUUAAUUAAAUAUUCAGUUUUGACCAUUUCAGCGAAUAUAGACACAACGAUCGGCCCAAUAACUCCAUAGUUUUAUUCUUAAAUAGGUAUCUCCUGAAAUUCGUAAAGAAAAAAGAAAAAAUAUGCGACAUGGUAUAAAUAAUUGUAUGGUAUAAAUAAUAUUAUCUGAUUUAUUACUUUCUGUCCAUGACUUAAGUAUUAUAUUUGUUGCAAAUAUGUUUAAAUAAUCUUUUUAAACUAGAGUCUCAUAAAACACUGUAUCUUUUUUAAAAUAUUAACACCGCUCUUUAAAUUUAGUGUGUUAUACACUCAAUUUAGCGAUGGUAACAUUUUCAUAAUUAAAUUAUCGUUCUUUUUUUAUUUCUUCCUAUUUUUUUUUAUAUUCUUUAAAGUUUUCUGUUUAAUAUAAUCUUUAAUAUAAUUAUACAACGAAUUCUAUUACGAUUGCAAUUACAUGAAUACUGAUUGUUUUAUUGAAUAUUCUUAUUAUAAUUUCACAACUAAUAGAAUGCCUAUUUGUGUCAAAUGUAUAUAUGAAUAAACUGUACAAUAUACUAGAGGUAUAAAUAAAUGUCAUUAUUGUAACAAACUGUGUGAUUUGUAGACGAUUACGUAGGAAAAGAAAUUAGCUAAUUUAUAAUAUGUAUAAUUAAAUGAAAAUAUUCUAAAGGGCUUUUCAAUGACUUUGGUGAUUAUGAAGCCAUCAGAAAAUGUAUCUAGUUUUAUUUCGAUUUAUAAAAACAUGAUUACCAAAAAGUUUGUUUCAGUAGUCGGGUAAAGAAAUAAAAGGACAUCAAAUGUAAUCUUUAAUUAUUAUUUACAUUUUUUAUAUGAAAAGAAGGUUGUAAUUAUUAUUAAAGAGUAAACUAUAAACUAUAUUUUUGUCUUAACUAAGUUUAUUCUAAAAAAUAGAUAAUUCAUCGUUAAAUGAAAAUUAAAUAGUCAUUUAUUCUUACCCGACUGAUUUAUUUGAUUUGAUUAUGUACUUUAGGUAUUUUUAAUAUUGGGACAAUGAGAAAGUUGAUGUGCAUCUUUCUCUGCAACUCCUAAAAACUGUUCUAACACUCAUCAAAAUGGUUUGAAGUGCAUUCAUAAAUAUAUACUAUAUACUAACUAAUAUUAAAAAUGUUUGAGUGUUCUUUUGAAAAAUCUAGCAAUGAAUUGAUGUAUUUUUUUUUUUAAUUGAUUGUAAGAAGACUAAUGUCAUUUAAUAUAAUGGUUCUAAACCUGGUCUCUGUCGUUAUCUGGAAGUAAACAUAUGUCUCUGUUAGUGUAGGAAAUACCUUCGGAACAUGUUAACGGACACGCAUUUCAUCAAUUAUUUUCAUUAAUUGUAUGGAAAUAGAUAGAAGGAUACAACAUAUUUAUUCGAUUUUUUUAUCCCUCAUAUUUUAAUAAUAAGUUUUAAAAAAUCACAUCAAUGCAUUGCUGUUUUUACGUAAAAGAAGGCAACGAAAUUCGACUACGAAAAACUGGGGGCUUAUUAUUAAAGCGAUCUAAUCGAAGACCUGACUGAUCUACAUCGCAAUUUAUACAUUAUUGCAUUAUAUUAAAGUACUAAGUUGCCUUUGAGUUGCACCUUAACCUAUCAAUUCCCGUGCGCGAUCUGUCGCGAUCCUAUUGUUGUUCAAUGUUGUUGACGACCUCGGUGGCGCAGUGGUAAAGUGCUCGCCUCUAAACCGAGAGGUCCCGGGUUCGAUCCCCGGUCGGGUCAUGAUGGAAAAUGAUCUUUUUCUGAUUGGCCCGAGUCUUAGAUGUUUAUCUAUAUGUGUAUUUGUUAUAAAAUAUCGUUGAGUUAGUUAUCCCAUAACACAAGUCUCGAACUUACUUUGGGGCUAGCUCAAUCUGCGUGAUUUUGUCCUAAUAUAUUUAUUAUUUAUAAUUGUUUUAUUAUCUCCAGGAUCGAAGGGUUAAAAGUUGAUGGUAGGCCUGCGGGAGUACUAACUUCACCAUACUGUAAUACUAAGUCCGCCGAAGUUCAACAAUAAUUUAAUGAAUACAAUCACAUAACUCGAUGAUUUCGUGUUCACUUACAAUAAAUCUACAAAAUUCAUUCAAACUAAAUCUAGUUGGUAAGUAUGUGUAAAUAUAAUAGGUAUAUUAUGUUCUUCCCUCAUUUGUAAACAGCUACGUAUAUGUUGUAAAUGAACAGUCUUAAUUAUUAUAUGUAAUAUAAAAUGUAUGUAUUGAAAAAGUAGACAAUAUUAAACUUGACUAAGGCUCAGUGGUAUUACGAGUUAAUUAUUCAAUGUAUCUAAUUUAUUUGUUACUCGUAGUUCAUUUCACUAGUUGUUGGAAUAGGCGCAAAUCUGCUGCUGCAAAUAUGAAGUUCAUGGAACUCUAUGCAACGGUAAUAGAGGUGAAUUUUCAAUGACUUUGGGUAGGUUAAUAUGCUGUGUAUGUGUUAAACACAAGAAUCUAAGCAAUAUAUAGAGAUGGCUUUUUAAUAUUGUAAUAAAGAAAGCAUGCAUAUUUGACGUUUCCACGCCGAAUAAAUGACAAUUGUCUUCGAAAAUCGAAAUAUUUAAAUUCUUAUUCUGAAAUGCCGUAGUGCUCUGACAGCGGGAGCCGGACUUAAUAGAAGCUGUGCUAUGCUGUGCUAACUGAAGCCAAGUUUCAAACAACCGAUAGAAUUUAUUUUGUCGAACGUUAUGAAAUUAUAUUUGUUAUGUUUGGGCUUGCCAUGUUACUGUAUUACAGCUCUACAGCUCUAAUUAUAAUCACUUCUUCAUCUGCAUUACACAAUCUAUAUAGUGUCUUGGAUAUUUAGCCAUAUAAGUUAAACUAUCUUUCAGUGAAUACCCCAUACCUAACAUAAAUCUCAAGAUUAGGGGCUAACUCAAUCUUUCAAUAUAAAUAUUAUAUAUAAUUAUUUAACAUAUGUUUUAAAAUAUGUACAAUCUUAGAAUAAAUUAAAAAAUACAGUUUCCAGACAUUAAACACGUAAGCGGCUGUGGGUUUGCGCCAAUAUUACGUUAUUUGAUUCGAUAAAUUUUAUACGACGGCGUUUCACGUUUCUGUGUUGAUUUGCUCAAUGAUAUUGUAAUUUCUUUUAUCUGAAUCUGUUAAAUAAAUUAUUAUGGAAUAGUUCCUCUUGUCAUUUAUUGAUCCCGAUAAUAAAUUGUGUUUCUAUGAUCUGUAUUUAAAAAUAGGUACACAAAGUAAUAUUUGAAAAUAGAUACGUAAGUUAGAACUUUCUUUUUAUUGAAAGAAAUUUCUUGAAGGCAGAAAGUUUUCACUACCGCUCCGGAUGGUACUUGGUUCAAAGGCUAUCAAUUGCUAUCCAACGAGGAAACGCAGCUAGCGUUAUGGGUACUUUUGAACCGGGUACAAUUCGGGGUGGCAUUUUUGAUUGACUUUGCAAUUAU